AUGACGUCGCGUCGGUUGCACAUAGUCACUGGCUACUCCGUUACUAUGACAAACGAAGACUGUGAGUCCCAAGAAAGAAGUGAGGGAAAAAAUGACGAAAAUGAGAACAGCCCUCAUUUUUCUUCAGAAAUAGAAAACACUUCGCCAAAUAUACAAAGAGCACAUAGAACUCGUCCAAGAGAAGAUAGAACUUCGCAGAAUAUACAAGGAGGAAAUAGAAGUCGUCCAAGAGAUAAUAAAACUUCUCAAGAUUAUGGUAGAAAAAGACAACUAAGAGACGAUUUGCCUCCUGAAAUCAUAGCAGCGGGCCGUCAAAUGGACGAAGCAUUCGAUUUCAUAAAAAAGAAGAAAGACGAUGAAUAUGAGAUGUUCGGAAGACUGAUCGCAAGUAAAAUAAAAAAAAUUAGUAAUCCAAACACGCGUGAUUUUUUAAUGAAUGAUAUUCACAAUUUAGUAUUUCGCACGUGUAUGGCAGAUCGACUUGAACAACAGUCUUUAGUUCCUCAAUUUCCCACAUCCCAGACUUCACACCAUCAAGUAUUAAGUCAAUCACCAAAUCCGUCACCACACCAAUCACCUCCAGGCCAAUCCUAUUCUCCACACCAUCAAGUAUUAAGUCAAUCACCAAAUCCAUCUACAUACCAGUCACCUUCAGGCCAAUCCACAUCCCAUUCUCUACACCAUCAAGUAUUCAGUCCACCACCAAAUCCGUUUACACACCUAUCACCUCCAGGCCAAUCCACAUCCCAUUCUUCACACAAUCAAGUAUUCAGUCCAUCACCAAAUCCGUCCACACACCAGUCACCUCCAGGCCAAUCCACAUCACAUUCAUCACAAUAUCAAGUAUUCAGUUCAAUACCAAAUCCGUUCACGUACCAGUCACUUCCAGGUCCUUCCACAUCUCAGACUCUACACCAUCAAGUAUUCAGUCCAUCAUCAAAUCCGUCCAAAUACCAGUCACUUCCACACCACGAAAUAAACAGUCCAUCAUCACCUCUAGAUCACUUCCCAGUUCAAUCUUCCCAAGAAAAUUUCCUAGAAUCAGCACGUGCCUCACAGAUAGUCAUAACAGAUACCGGUGAAAUAAAGAUAAUUAAGAAUUGA